UCUCUUGGCAGCUCGGCAGUACAUCGUCUGGCAGGCGCGGGCAGGCACGCCGCCAUGCACUGACAGAGUCGCGCGGCCAGAUGCUGCUGCAACCACAAAGACAUACGCAGACGGUAUGCACCCUGCUGCUGCUGCUCCUCCUCGCAGCGUGCGUGGCGCUGGAGCAGCAAGGGCCGGUGUUCGUGCUGGAGCCGGCGGCGCGGGUCGAGUUCUCGAACAGCUCGGGCGCCCGGAUCGACUGCUCGGCGCACGGCAGCGGCGUCGUCAAAGUCGAGUGGCUCUUGGCCGACGGCAGCCCCGCCCUGCCGGUCGCCCGCCUCCGGCUGCUGCACCCCAACGGCACCCUCGAGCUGCCGCCCUUCCCCGCCGACCGUCUCCGACACGACGUCCACUCGGCCCUCUACAGGUGCCGCGCUUCCAACCACCUCGGCACCAUCCUCAGCAGGGACGUCCACGUCCGCGCAGUUGUUCGUCAGCAGUACGAGGUGCAGGUGUACGACGAGUACGUGAUCAGCGGAAACACAGCGGUGCUGCGGUGCCAGGUGCCGAGCUUCGCGUCCGAGUUCGUGUCGGUGAGCUCGUGGCUGCAGGACGGCAGCGUCAGCAUCUACCCGAACACGGACACGGGCGGCAAGUACGCCGUGCUGGGCGACCUCUACGUGUACGACGCCGGCCCUGGCGAUGCCUACAAGAGCUACGCGUGCCGCACCGUGCACCGGCUGACCGGAGAAGUGCACGCCAGCGCCUAUCCGGGCCGCAUCGUCGUCUCGGAGCCAAAGGGACCGGUCCAGCCGCGCAUCACCGUCGACAAGCACUCGGCCAAACUGGUGCGCGUCGGCGACGACGUCACGCUUGCCUGCGUCGCUCAGGGCUACCCUGUCCCCAGCUACAGGUGGUACCGUGAGGACCGCGAGCAAUUGCUGCCGGUGGCCGUAGGUCAGCGGCUUUCCCUGGUAGCGCCAGGUCUCUUAAGAAUCUCAAAGGUUCGUCUCGAGGACCGUGGAAAGUAUUUGUGCUGGGUGAAUAAUUCGGCUGGCGAGGAGACUGUUCAGGUGGCGCUGACGGUGACGGCGCCGCUGUCAGCCCACGUCCAGCCUCAGCAUCAGGUCGUCGAUGUCGGAAAGGCGGCCGUGUUCAGGUGUGUGGCUGGCGGGAGUCCAGUGACGCAAGUGACGUGGCUGCGGAACGGACGUCCAGUGGCGGGCGACGCGCGGUUCGACCUGUCGCGGCGGGACACGCUGAGCGUGCGUCCGGUGCUGAAGGACGACCACGGCAUGUACCAGUGCUUCGUGUCCAACGAGUGGGAGCAGGCGCAGGCGACGGCGCAGCUGCUGCUCGGCGACGCCAGCCCGGAGCUCGUCUACUGGUUCUCCGAGCAGACCCUGCAGCCAGGGCCCGCCGUCUCGCUCAAGUGCGUCGCCACUGGCAACCCGCCGCCCCAGUUCGUCUGGACGCUCGACGGAUUCCCUGUACCUGACAAUAAUAGAUUUCUCGUGGGUCAGUACGUGACUGUGCACGACGACGUGAUCAGCCACGUGAACAUCUCGAGCCUGCGCGAGGAGGACGGCGGCGAGUACACCUGCACGGCGCGCAACGCGGUGGCGCAGGUGUCGCACAGCGCGCGAAUCAACGUCUACGGCCUGCCGUUCAUCCGGCCGAUGCCUCGCAUCACCGCCGUCGCCGGCACCGACCUGAUCGUCAAGUGCCCUGUCGCCGGACACCCCAUCGAGUCCAUCACCUGGGAGAGAGACGGGGUGGUGCUGCCGAUGAACCGCCGGCAACGCGUUUACCCCAACGGAACGCUGGUGAUUGAGCAUGCGCAGAGGCCGGCCGACGCUGGAACCUACACGUGCCAGGCGCAGAACAGGCAGAAGCACCUGGCCAGACGCGACGUGGAGGUCCAAGUACUAGUGCCGCCGAAAAUACUGCCAAUUCCGGCGAUGACGAACCUCCUUCGCGAAGGGAUGCGUGCGGCCAUCCCUUGUCAAAUCAUCGAGGGCGACCUUCCGGUGACGUUCAGGUGGGAACGCAACGGGCAGCCGCUGCCGUCGCCUGGCCUGGCCGCCGUCGCCCGCCGCCUCGACGAAUACUCGGCCUCGCUCGUCAUCGAACACAUCUCGUCAGCCCACAGUGGCGACUACACCUGCAUCGCCCAGAACGUCGCUGGCACCGUCACCUUCACCGUUCCCCUCACAGUCAAUGUUCCACCGCGGUGGGUGAUCGAGCCGAGCGACGCGAGCGUGGCCUCCGGACACGACGUGGUGCUGCACUGCCAGGCCGACGGCUACCCUGUGCCCAACGUGACCUGGCGUCGGGCGGACGGAAACGCUCCUGGCGAGUACAAGGACUUCCUCUUCGAGCCCAACGCUAAAUUGCACAAAAAUGGCUCGCUCGAGUUCACGCACGUUGGCAAGGAGAGCGAGGCGCACUACGUGUGCGAGGCCAAGAACGAAAUCGGCACCGGCGUCAGCAAGGUCGUCUUCCUCAAGGUCAACGCUCCACCGCAUUUCGCGCAGAAGAGCAAGCAGGUGCAGGUGGUGAAGGGUGAGCAGGCCCACCUGCAGUGCAGUGCACUGGGCGACACGCCGAUGGAACUGGUUUGGCGCGUGGGUGGACAGCGGGUGGCAGAUGCUCGCUACACGACUCGCGAGCAACUGCUGGACGAGGGGAUGGUGUCGGAGCUGGGCAUCAGCCAUGCCUACCGACACGACACCGGCCUCUUCGCCUGCCACGCCACCAACGCCUUUGGACACGACGAGAUGACCGUGCAGCUCAUCGUCCAGGAGGUGCCUGAGGCGCCGAAAAACGUGCGAGUGGGCGAGCAGACGUCCCGGUCGCUGACGGUGUCCUGGACGCAGCCGUACGCAGGCAACAGUCCGCUCACGGGCUACCUGGUGCAGUACAAGCCGGUGGCGGAGGCCUGGGGUGCAGCACCGGCCAAGGUAGCCGUUCCACCCACCCUCACCACGGCCACGGUGCGCGAUCUCGCGCCUGCCGCCUCCUACCACCUUCGCGUCCUGGCCGAAAACAGACUAGGUCUCGGAGAGCCUGGAGAGGUCAUCCAGGUCACCACACACGAGGAAGUGCCUAGUGGAGCGCCACAGGACGUGCGAGCGGAAGCGCAGAGCUCGACGGAAGUGCUGGUGUCGUGGGAGGCGCCGGCACGUGACCAGUGGAACGGAAACAUCCUCGGCUACUACGUGGGCUUCCGGGCGGCCACCGACAGUGGUUUGUCAUCCACAGGGAUGGCCUCAGCGCCACCCUUCACUUUCAAGACGGUCGAGGCAGGUGCUGGAGGAAGACUCGUGCUCUCUGGCCUCGCCCGGUUCACUGCCUAUCAACUAGUCGUUCAGGCCUACAAUAGCAAGGGCGCAGGACCGCCCUCGCUUCCCGUUGUUGCGCGCACCCUUGAGGAUGCGCCAAGCAUGUCCCCUGAAAACGUAAGGUGCCGCAAGUCAACGUCACAAAGCAUAGAGGUGACGUGGGAGCCGCCACCUGUCGAGGGCCGCAAUGGCAUCAUUCAGGGCUAUAAAGUAACCCAUCAGGCCGUUGACGAGUGGUUCGACGGUGAAGGGGCAGAAACGAAGGUGACCAGCUCCCUGAAGACGACGCUACAAAGCCUUGCAAAGUUCACCAACUACACCGUGUCAGUCCUCGCGUUUACGGCCGGUGGCGAUGGCGUCCGCAGCGACGCCCUGCUCUGCCGCACCGAGGAAGAUGUUCCAUCUGCACCAGGUGGAAUCAAGGCGGUGGUGAGUGCGGUGAACAAAGUUGUGGUGGCGUGGAUGGCGCCGCCGGAGCCCAACGGCGUGCUCACCGGAUUCACGCUGUACAUCGUCGAGGAAGGAGGCGACGGCGCCCGCAAAAAGCUGCUCAACCCCGCCGCCGACAGCCACGAGCUCGUCCGUGACGACUCCACCAUCAAGUUCUGGAUCACUGCCUCCACUGCCGUUGGCGAGGGCGAACCUACCAAGACUGUCAUCGUGCCACCUUCAAACAUUGUGCCGGCACGGAUUUUGUCCUUUGGCCGGGAAAUGGCGACGGCGUGGAAGCAGGAGUUGCAACUGGCGUGCAAGAAGGUAGGCGUUCCGAGUCCACAGGGUUGGUGGCGGCUGCGAGGCCGGACUCUCGAGACAGGCGGCCGCAAGCAGAUCAACAAAGACGGUUCGCUGACCAUCAGGGACGUGCAGAGCUCUGACGAAGGGAACUACACCUGCAAGGUCGAGAACUCGCUAGGAUCCGACGAGAUCUCCUACCACGUCAAAGUUAGGGUUCCUCCAGAACCACCAGUGCUGGCGGUGGUGGGUGCGCAGGCGGACGGACUGCAACUGCAGUGGAGCAGCAAGAAAAACGGUGGCAGCGCCGUCCUCGGCUACGUGGUCAACUACAAGCGAGACUACGGCGACUGGGAGGAGCUUCAGAUCGAGAGCAAUGUCGAGACGCACCUGCUGAAGGGCCUCUGGUGCGGCACCCACUACCAGCUCUACGUCACCGCCUACAACCGGAUUGGAACCGGUCUCCCCAGUGACAUCGUCAGCGCCACCACCAAAGGUUCCACGCCGAUCAAGCCGACAGGGGCGCAGCUCCUGACGAGCAACGCGACAGUGGCGACGCUGUGGCUGGACACGUGGGCGGACGGCGGCUGUCCCAUCCUGUACUUCAGCGUCGAGUGGCGCGACCUGCGCGGCGGCGAGUGGCAACUCGCGUCCGCAAACGUGCAGCCAUCAGAACGCGUCUUCAGCAUUGCUGACCUGCGUCCCUCGGGCCGCUACCUGCUCAGGGUCACCGCCUUCAACAACGCCGGCGCCACCCAGGCCGAGUACAACCUCACCAUGGCGCCGCACGCAGUGUCGGGCGUGCCUGAAGAGCCUGCGCCCACCGAGCACCUAGACCACGUGCCUUUUUACGCCAAUGCCGCAGUGAUAGUGUCAGUGGCAUUAGCCCUGAUUUUCCUCCUCGCUCUGUUCGUAGUCUCGUGGUUGCUAGUUUUGAGAAAGAGGCACGUGGCGCAGGCGGCGCACAUGGGCGAGUCGCCGUCGCUGGCGCAGCUGCAGAACCAGCAGAACAGGGACCAACAGUACCUGGCGGUGCGCGUGGCCCACCAGGGCCUGGACACCGCCUCCUACAAGACGCAGGACUCUGCGGACUACAUCGAGGACAUUUGUCCGUACGCGACGUUCCAGCUGAGCAAAAACCCGUACGGCGAGAGCACGUACAGCGGCAACGUGUACAGCGGGCCGUACCACUCGGUGCAGGGCUCCUUCGUGUACCACGACCUGAAGCAGCCGGGUGCCGCCGACACCUACAAGAGCAGACACAAGCAGGAGGUGGCCGGCGAGUACAGCAAGGUGCGGAGAAAAGGCGGGCGGAUGCGCGAGGCCGAGAGCCAGGAGUCGGACAACCUGGGCAGCACCGACUCGGAGGUGAAGAAGAUCCUGACGCUGCACCUGCCCAUCUCCGAGUACGACACCCUGGGCAGCGACUCGGAGGUCGAGCAGGAGAUGGUGUCGUUCCGCCACCGCCGCGUCCACCGCGACUCCACCUCGUCGUCCGAGACGUCGCCGUCGAGCGGCCGCAAGUCGUACCCUUCGCGCAAGCCCAAGCCCAAGGGCCAGGUCGCCGGCAAGCGCCAGGUGCGCACCUCCAGCGGCUACUCCAGCCACACUGACGAGACCACCUUCAGUGGUCUGGCGUCGAAGCGAGCGUCGGCGUGCGAGCGGGUGCAGCAGCCAGGCCGCUUCUCCGAUUCGCACCACGAGCUGAGCGAGGCCGAGUGCGACCGCGGCCGCAAGCCUCGCCUCUCGCGCACCAGGGACACCACCUUCCAAAUCAACGUCUAGCCAUUGUCUGUGAUUCGCACCCUCCCCUCCUCCCUGCCCUCAUCCACCAACGACCACCACUCAAAUAUAAAUAUAUUCACUGCGUUGACUGA